GGAUACAUUGAGUCUGUAGCAACAUUUGUUUACAAUAACAACCGUUACAGUUUGUAAGUAAAGACAGUUUUCUGUACUUUGGGAAAGUAUGGCGGGUGCCCAGACAUUUGUUGAUGCCAAGUUAGCACAAAAGAAAGUUUUGUUGUUCACAAAGAGUUACUGUCCAGAGAGUGAAACCGCUAAAACUGUUUUAGAUGGAUAUAAAUUGAUGUUGAAAGAUUUCGAAGUUGUAGAAAUUGAAAAACGUCAGGACUGCAUACAGAUAGAAAAUUAUCUCCAUCGUUUGAGUCUUACAAAUUCUAGAGUGACACCCCAGUUAUUUGUAGCAGGAAAAUAUGUUGGCAGUGAUAUGGAUAUACCUCGUCUCCAUAGUAAUGGACAACUAAAACAAGUUCUUCAACAAGCUAAAGUUAUCUCAUAACACUCAAUAUUUAGAACAAACUUAAUCUAGAUGUAUUUGUAAAUGUUUAUUAUUUAUGUAAAUAUGUACAUAUAUUCAUAAUAUUGUAAUACAAUAAAAACCUGAAUUUGGUGACCUAAAAAUGCAAAAUACAAUAUCUGUCCAAUA